AUCUGAAAACCAGACGGUGGCUCACCGUUCUUUCUCGUUGCCGUGUGAUUGAGUCAUCCAGGUUUCUUCCGCCAAGGGUCGUUGUUUCGAGCGAUACAGAUAGAAAUGGCGAGAGAAAAACCAACAGCAGUGUUCAUGGCCUUCGGUACUAAAGGCGACGUAUACCCCAUUGCUGCCAUAGCCGCAGCUUUUGCUAGUGACCAGAAACAAUACAAUGUCAUUCUAAUUAGUCAUUCAGCCCAUGAGAGUUUAAGUUCUCACCUGGCUGAGAAGCAUGUUGAAUAUUGCUCUGUUUCAUCACCACCAGUUUUUUCUGCUGAUCAGAAUAAUGACAUUGCAGGAAUGUCAGAGUCAUCCUUUGCACUGCAGAAACAGGUGGUUACCAGCGAUCAUAGAAAAGAAUGCUAUUCUGCGGUUGAAAGGAUAUUUGGAGAUGGCCCCUGCCUGGAGGGUGACCUUAUUGUGAUUAAUUUUUUUGCACUGCGGUUUCAGGAAGGCUGGAGCCUUGCAGAACUUUUUCAUGUCCGUUGCAUAUUAGCUGCGCCAUAUGUUGUUCCGUACAGUGCACCUGCAUCAUUUGAGCGCCAAUUCUGCAAGGAACUUCCUCUUUUGUACAAGUAUCUCAAUGAUGCUCCAUGUGACAAGGUCUGCUGGAAGGAUGUGAUUCAUUGGAUGUGGCCUCUUUUCACUGAACAUUGGGGAUCAUGGAGAUGUGAUGAUUUACAUCUUAGUCAAUGUCCUUUCACUGAUCCUGUAACUGGCAUUCCGACUUGGCAUCAUAGGCCUCAAUCUCCACUUGUCAUGUAUGGAUUUAGUAAAGAAGUUGUUGAAUGCCCUGCAUAUUGGCCAUCAAAAGUACGGAUUUGUGGCUUUUGGUUCCUCCCUAUGGAAUGGCAGUUUUCAUGUACAAUUUGCAGAGAAAUUUCAGUUGUUGACUCGUCAGAAAAUAAACAUGCUAAAGAGCACUUAUGUCUUAGACAUCAAGCAUUGCAGAACUUUUUAAAGACCACACCAAUUUUUGUUGGGUUGAGUUCUAUAGGAAGCAUGGGUUUUAUGAAAGACCCUCACUCGUUUAUCUGUGUUCUUCAGACUGUUCUGGAGAUGGCAAAUUUCAGAUUUAUUCUUUUUACAGCGGGGUAUAAACCCUUAGAACUAGCAAUUCAGAUGUUUGCUGUUGAAACGUCAGAUCAAAGAUGUGAAAGUGGAGAUUGUGUUUCUCUUUUCAGUGGGCGACUUCUUUGCUUUUCUGGAUCCAUACCAUAUGGUUGGCUUUUCCCAACAUGUGCUGCUGUAAUUCACCAUGGAGGCAGUGGAACUACAGCUGCUGCAUUGCAGGCAGGUGCGCCGCAGGUUGUGUGUCCUUUCAUGUUAGAUCAGUUUUAUUGGGCUGAGAGAAUGUAUUGGCUCGGUGUUUCAUCGGAACCACUCCAUAGAAACCAUUUGCUUCCUGAUAAAAAUGAUGAGAGAAAUGUCCAGGAAGCUGCACAUGCGCUUUCGUCAGCAAUACACAGUGCAUUAUCACCCAAGGUCAAAGCACGUGCAGCUCAAAUUGCUGAAAGAAUAUCAGAUGAGGAUGGUGUAUCAGAGGCAGUGAAGGCCCUCAAGGAAGAGCUAGGUUUAGUCUGAGAUGGGCAAGGCAAUUACAUUAUUUCCAAGUAUUAAUACAUCAUUUAUAUUCAUUGUUACUUCAAAAUUCAAGGUGGAGAAUAUGUUUAUCUCAGCUGUGACGGCAUCAGGUUCUUUUGACACGUUGUUUCCAUGAGCCCCUUCUUGUAAAUAAAUUGAGAUUCAAUGACGUGAAAGUUUAGGUUGUGUUUAAAUUUGAGUUCAUUGAACUUUACUAGAAGUUAAAACAUUGAAGAUGUGAAGAAUGAUAUUUAAACUAAAUCAUGUCAAAGUUUAAGUUUAA